AUGAGUGUUUCCAUUGACAAAGAAGGAAGCUUCUUCUUUCUGGAUUCUGGGUCUGGAUGGAGAAGCAAGUUUGAUAACGGAUCAACGGUUUAUAUAACCCUGGUUGAAGAGUUAAUGAAAUCAACCAGAGGCCUGUGUGGGAACUAUGAUGGAAAUCCAGACAAUGAUUUGACGACCCAGCUUGGGGAACAGGCACCAGACCAUAUCUCUUUUGCGCUUAGCUGGAAGGUCACGACAGAUGGACAGAAUUGUACCGAGAUGAAAGAAUCUUCAAUUCAUCCUUGUCAGCUUCAUGAAGAACGUCUUGAUGAUGCCUUGAAACAUUGCGAUCGUCUUAGGGAGGAACCAUUCUCAUCCUGCAAUAUUCAGGUUGAUCCCAGUUUGUAUCACGACACCUGUCUUUAUGACCUGUGCCUACAUGGGGCUAAUAACCGUGCAGUUUUAUGCUCCUCGUUGGAUGCGUAUGUCAGGGAGUGCGUCAGUCAUCAUCUUGUUGUAGAAUGGAGGCAGGAUGGAUUCUGUGAAAAAUCGUGCCCAGGAGGUCAGGUUUAUAAAGACUGUGGAUCAGCCUGCCCUCGCACCUGUCCAGCAAUCAAUUAUGGCAUGGAUGAAGACUGCCCUGACACCUGUGUGAGUGGAUGUCAAUGUCCAGACAAUCUCUAUCUGGAUAUCGGAGGUGAUAAGUGCGUACCUGUGGAGGAAUGCUCCUGUGUUGUGAACAGAAAGGUUUAUCGUCCGGGAGAUAUGAUCAUGAAAGACUGUAAUAAAUGUACUUGGCAAGAAGGUCGAUGGGAUUGUACACAUAAUAUUUGUGAUGCUACUUGCAACGUCAUUGGAGCUUCUCACAUCAGCACGUUUGACAGGACUGAAUAUUCAUUCCAUGGAGUUUGUGGCUACACAUUGGUGGAGGAAGGUAAAAGCCAAGCAUUCAGCAUUGUGGCAGAGUUCACCAACUGCGGCAGUGAUGGAUCAGUAACUUGCAUAAAUUACCUGAAAAUCACAGUACACAAGACAACAAUUCAGCUCCGACAGAAACAAGUCUUCAUUGAUGGAGACAUUAUGACCCUUCCGUACUACUCCAAAGAGUUUAAUAUCUUCAGAGCCUCGUCAGUUUAUGUGGUUUUUGAAAGCGUCGGGUUUCGUGUCUUGUGGGAUGGUCUGAUGGGAGUUGAGGUGGUGUUGGAAGCGGACUAUAAAUACGAGGUGCUGGGUUUGUGUGGUUCUUUUGACUUCAACCAAGAAAACGACUUUACAACUCGCAACGGCGACAUUGUCACCGAUCCCUACAUCUUCACCAGUAGCUUCAAAACCAACCCAGGCUGCGAUAAUCUCAACGAGACGAGCUCGUUUGAUGCUUGCGGAGUAAACUCUCGUAAUACACUCCAAGCAGAGCAACUCUGCAAAUCUCUCCAUGAUGAUGUAUUCAGCAAUUGCAGAAAUGAAGUAGAGGAUAAUUUCUACUAUGAGAGUUGUGUUUCUGACGUCUGUGGCUGUGACGACAAAGAUGCGUGUCUUUGUAAUGUGCUUCAGUCGUUUUCAAGACAGUGCGCCCUCAAGGGUCAAGUUGUGGACAACUGGAGGAACAUUUCCUCCCUUGGAGGACGUUGUAGAAUACAAUGUCCAACUGGUCAAGUCUACACUGAAUGUGGUAUAGCAUGUGGUCAAACCUGUAGUGACCAAGAGUAUCUUGACCACUGCUCGGACCAUCAGUGUGUACCUGGCUGUAUUUGCCCUGGCAACAAAGUACUCAACAAAUACAACAUUUGCGUUGAUAAGUCUGUCUGCGAAUGUUCGUACCUUGGAAAAACAUUUUACCCAGGGGAUGUUAGAACAGAACCUUGUAAAACAUGUAUUUGCACCAAUGGCUCGUUUGUCUGCGAGUUAUUACAGAACUGUACAUCCUCCGAAGCUUGUCCAAACAAUAUGAUCUUCUCAGAGCAUUCUUCACAGUGUGAUAAGACAUGCAGCAGUAUGAUGUCUUGUGUGUAUCGGAGUAAGCCUGGAUGUACCUGCCCUGAAGGACUUCUUCUUAACGGUGAUGUUUGUGUGGAGCCAAAUUUCUGUCCUUGUACUCAUAAUGGAAUGACGUAUGAAUCUGGAGAGAGCUACACAAAUGACUGUAACCAUUGCACUUGUUCUAACAGAACAUGGCACUGCACAUCUCAUUCUUGCCCAGCACACUGCAAGGCAAUAGGUGAUGCCCACUACACAACCUUUGAUGGCAAGUCUUACUCCUUCCAGGGACAGUGCCGUUACAUUCUCGCUAAGGAGAUUUAUGGCGAAUUCCUCAUCACUGCGCAGAACAUCCCAUGUGGCAUUGAAGGCAUCACAUGUACAAAAUGCAUCCACGUUCAGAUCCAGAGUGUGACCAUUAAGAUGGUGCGCGGUAGGGAUGUGAUGGUUAACGAUUAUCAUGUGAAGCUACCGAAGGCUUAUAAUGAGAUAACGAUAUUGAAGACUGGGAUGUUCAUCGUUAUUAGGUGGGAGAACUGGCUGGAGGUUCGCUGGGAUGGAGCUACCCGAAUCUACAUCAAAGUUUCCCCACACUACGCCGGUAGACUUGUAGGUCUCUGUGGUUUCUAUGACAACAAUGCUGAGAAUGAUUUUACAAGUCGCUAUGGGAUGCAAGAAGCAAGAGCAGACACUUUUGGGAAUAGCUGGAAAGCUUCUAUGUCUUGUAGGGACAUAGAUAGUAAGACGAUUCAAAACCCAUGUGAGUUGAAUCCUAAUCGUCUUCCAUGGGCCAAGAAACGUUGUAAUAUUUUUAGAAAUGAGAAGUUCCAUCAAUGUCAUGAAGUUGUUGCCCCUGAGCUGUUUAUAAAAUGGUGCCAAUAUGACUCCUGUGGAUGUACAACUGGGGUUGCUUGUGAAUGUCUCUGUACUGCAUUAGCCGCUUAUGGUGAAGAGUGUAGCAGACAUGGAAUUCAUAUCCAAUGGCGCUCAGAAGAACUCUGCCCGAUGUUGUGUGACUAUGGCUUUGUUUACAUGGCAUGUGGGCCUGCCUGCCCGGCUACUUGCGAUUCCCUCAGUGGUGAAACAAACUGUGAGUUUUGUAAAGGAUGUACAGAAGGCUGCCAUUGCCCACCUGGAAAAAUAGAACAAGAUGGAAAGUGUAUAUCUGCAAAGGAUUGCACCUGCAAACAUAACGGCAUGCGGUACCCUCCAGGAAAUAAGAUUACUAUCAACUGUCAGAAUUGUAUUUGUGAGAGUGGAGUGUUCAAAUGUGUCGGUCAGCCUUGCACUGAUGUAAAGAAGGAAUGUUCCAGAGAUGAGUUUGCCUGCCCUAAUGGACGUUGUAUCUCAUCAGACUGGUUGUGUGAUACUGCAGAUGAUUGUGGGGAUGGCGCGGAUGAAGCAAACUGCACUUUCCGGUGUUGCCCCGAUGAAUUUACCUGCGCCAAUGGCCAGUGCAUUGAGAAUGUGUUUCUGUGUGAUGGAUUGCCUGAUUGUGCUGAUAACUCGGACGAGUACAGUUGUCCGUCACCUAAAUGUGGGAGAGAUGAAUUCCAAUGUAAGAAGGGUCACUGCGUCCCGAUUCACUUCAAAUGUGAUGGUCAGUAUGACUGUGGUUUCAACGAUACAACGGAUGAAGAAAAUUGCACACCAACGUGUGGCGUUCGAGAGUUUAAGUGCAGUAGGAAUGGUCUGUGUCUGCCGUUAACUCACCAAUGCGAUGGCCAUGAUGAUUGUGGAGAUGGUAGCGAUGAAGUCAAUUGCAAAAAGUGCAGUUGUCAAGAUAAAUUCACCUGUUUAGACUGCAGUGGAUGCUUACCACUGAGCCAAGUUUGUGAUGGAAAGCCACAAUGUAAUGAUGCUUCAGAUGAAUCAGAGAAGUAUUGUGGAUCUUGUAAAUACCAUUUGUGCACCUCUGGUGAAUGCAUUACUUUUGAUAAACUGUGUAAUGAGGUCCAUGAUUGCAAAAAUGGUGAAGAUGAACAGGGUUGCUACAAAUCAACACCGGUGCCUUUUUGUAAGGACUUCACCUGUGCUAAUGGGAAGUGUAUUCCAACAGCGUAUGUUUGUGAUCGAACCGAUGACUGUGGAGAUGGGUCUGAUGAAAUGAAUUGUACCACUGUGGCAAUAGUAACAACAUCAGUAGAAGUUACAACAGUGACAUCUGAGCCAUUGAGAGACCAGCCGAAGUCAACGUCUCCAAGCAAAGUCAAAGUGACAAGAAAGAAUGUUGUGACAACUCCCUUUGGUACAACCACGGAGGAAACAACAACUAUCAAAACAACUUCGCCUGCAACAACAUCAACAACAACAGAAUAUUGCUUGGAGCUGAUGGAUGCGGAAAGCGGACUAGAAAAGGGAAGGAGCGCCCAGUUGUCCAGUUCUGGAGACCAGACAGAGAUGGACCCUCAGGAUCCUUGGACCGUCUUGCCUGUCAGCCAAGACGCGCCUGAAGACAGACCGAGCUUGUCCGUCAGCUUCACAAGAGGAUCUAUUGUGCGUGGGUUGAGACUACGAUUGAUCCCUGACACUGUCAAGGCUGAUAGUACCUCAGAAGAAAUUCCAAAGUCAAAAUCUGCUGUCAUCAGUUUGAUACUGUUUGUCAAGAAGGUUGGAGACAAUGAGUUCAAAGCUGUAGUGGAUGAAGUUGGAGAGCCAAAGGUAAGCAUCUUUGUUUUUCGACUUGCAACUCUGUGCGUGAGAUUGUCUUGA